UCCAUCCUAAAGUCUAAGUUUCGUAAAUAAAUUGCGUAUUUUCUUAGUAUUAUUUUAAUUAUUUAAAAAUGAAUAACUUCUGUCGAAAAUUAUUCAUUCUAAAAUUAUUUAGGAAUAAUGGGGAAAUAUUUUGUAGGCAGUUCUCUAACUCCCACAUAACUUCGAAAUCGAAAAGCAAUUGCGGCAUUUUCCAUCAUCUUCGUUCAACAGAGAUCCGAUUUUUACACACCGGGCUAUGUUUACGAUCUAUGAAUGCAGGCCAAGAACUGUUAGAAAACAAAGAGGAAACCUCUGUUAAUCAACAGAACGAUGAAUUAGAUUCUAAAGUUGCAAAAUAUGCAGACUUAGCGACGGAUUUAGAAAAGAAGAAAAAAAUCCUGAUGAUCUUAAUGGAACAUGAAGUAGCAAAGUUGGAAGGUAGGAAAGUACCAUCAAAAAUUACUAUCGAAGACAUGAAAGAAUUAUUAAGUACGUAUUCUUUCUCUUCAAGAGUCAAAUAUAUGAGGUUUUUAGCCGAAAAAGAAUGUAAGAAAAUUGCGGAACGGAGGAGAAAAGAGACAAAAACAAUGGAAAGAGAAAAAUGGUUGAUUGAAAAAGAGAACUUGGAACCUGCUGAGCACAUUCAAUACGGCAUUGGACAUAACACAAUGGUUUUGAGAGUGCGUCGAAGUAGUAUCCUUCGCUAUGCCUAUCAAAGAUUAGCGAAUUCUGUAUUGUAUGGGCAGAAGUUAGUGGUUGACAUGGAUUUUGAUUGUUUUAUGCGUAAACAAGAUUGUAACAAUUGUGGAGAGCAACUAUUAGAGUUGUACAGUGCUAACAGAAAAAAUAUUUAUCCUUUUGAUUUAACUUUUUGCAAUGCUGAUCUUAACAGCCCAACAAUGUCUGCUUUCAGACGAUAUAUGCCCAAUUUAUUUGCUCCGGAUAACUUCAUUACUGUUACUGAUAUGAGUUAUUUGGAUAUUUACCCCAAAGAGAAGCUAGUGUAUAUAACUCCAUAUGCAAAGGAACCACUGAAAGUGUACGAUCACAAUGCUGUAUACAUUAUUGGUGGCUUAGUUGAUAAAUGCAUUAGGGAACCUGUUGUCCUUGCAAAAGCUAAGAGGGAACAAAUUCGUGCAGUUCAUCUUCCAUAUGAUGAGUAUUUGAUGUGGGGCCGAGGUAAUAAAAGUUUGCCUCUGAAUCAACUCCUUCAAAUUCUUCUGGAAAUGAAGAAUACCAAUGAUUGGAAGAAAGCAUUCAGUUAUGUGCCCCAAAGAAAGCUUGUCAGAAGUUUAGAUUUGUACACCGAAUAUUCAUAAAUUCAGAAUUUCAAUAAAGCAUAUUCAUCCAUUUAGAAA